UUAUCAUGUCGCGAAUUCAUCAUGGCGCCCUUCCGAUAUUGUGAUACGAGUGCAAUGCGCUAAGAAUCUUUAGGAAUUUUACAGAAUCGUGAUUAAGUUCCUAAAUUGAAUAGUAAGACUAAACAUAUCUAAUUAAUCGCAAGUGUAACAAGCUCAAGUAACGAACGCUUUAAUAACUGCAAAAUGCCUGUAGUACCUGGAGGAGCUUAUCAACAAGGAGGACCUUCUUGUUUUGACAGAAUGAAAUUAGGCUUUACAAUUGGAUUUUGUGUGGGAAUGGCCUCUGGUAUACUCUUUGGAGGAUUUUCUGCUCUUAGAUAUGGAUUGAGAGGAAGAGAAUUGGUAAAUAAUGUUGGCAAGGUGAUGAUUCAAGGUGGCGGUACAUUUGGCACAUUUAUGGCUAUUGGAACAGGAAUACGAUGCUAGUGUGUAUUCAUGAAUAGAACUAUAUACGGAACAUUUUGAAGCUAAUCUUCGAGUUACAACUGUAUUGUAAGAGCAGAUAAUUGAAUUCUUAAUAAAAUAGGUUUAAGGAAUAAAAACAUACCUUCCGUAGCAAUUA